GUAGAGGUUGAACGGCUGUCUAAGAGGAAACCACACUUGUUUUUUAAUGUACGGUGGUGGGAAGUCAUAUUCAAAUCUGGGCUCUUUCAUUUCUGAGAAUGAAAAGGUUAAUUCGCAUUAAUUUCAUCCUAAACACGAGCUGAAGCUUUCGCAAACCUACCAUGGCUGCUCUUUUCUAAAGGAUGAGAAAUCAAGUUUCUUCUCCUGUUUAUACAGAACAAAAACGUAUCUGUGGUAGCCUGUGCCAUAGAGAGGAAAGGGUUUCAGCUAAUCUCUCAAGAUUGGUAUCGGAGCGUGUCUGUUUAAUCUGUUCCAUGAAUCCCGGUGGUAACAACCUCUUCGAACUCCGCUGAACUGGGUGUCGAGCAUUUAUAAGGACAUUAUACGGUAAAGGAAGCGAGUCCGGAAUGACCGACCUAUUGAUCGGGAUAGCAGGGAACUCCUUCGUCUGUCCUGGAAAGAAUCCUAGCAACGGAGAUGCAGUUGUGUACAGAAACGGAAAUACAAACGGUUACAGAAACUCUGAAAUGCGACAUUCCAGGAGCGAGGACCUCCUGGGUGCCGGGCGUCCCUUGAGUCCGAUGCUCGCGGCAGCUUCUGAAGAUGACCUCGUAGCAACGACCGCUCUCCACGAAUGCGCGAGUCCACCCCCAACUCCUUGUUAUCGUCCCUCCAGGACUCCCGGUCCUCCUGGAGUCCUCGCGGACCGCGUUGACCCCGAAGAUUCCAUCCGAGAUAUCGUUACCGAAAACGAUCUGUACAGAUUCGUUCUAUUCAAACGACACUAUGACAAGUACGUCGCCCUCGCAGCGAGAUAUGAAGAGGCAAGAGGCGUCGCUUACUACUUGGAGGAGCGUUACCACGAGGUCAAGGCUGAGAAGGAUAAGCUCGAGGAGCGAAGAAUGGCGUUGGAAAAAAGGCUCGAGGGUUGCGAAUCGGAAUUGCGGGAGAAAGAAGAGGAACUUUUUCUCCAACUCGAGCGAAGUCUUCGUCUCGAAGAUGAGGUGGAACGUAUAAGGACCGACCGAGACGCCUGCGUUGCAGCGCGAGAUCGACUCGAAAGAGAACGAGCAGCGGCGUUACGACAAUUGCAACUCCAAGCUUCUCAGGGCGAAGCAACAAGGCGCACCCUGGAACGUGCUCGUCAGGAUGUCGUCAAACAAGCUACAGUUAUUCGGGCUGAACGCGACGCCCUAGAGUUGGAGAACGAAAUAUUGAAAGAAAGGCUAAGAGCGGAACAAGGAGAAUUGGGUGCGGAACGUAGACGUCGCGAGGAAGGCGUCGCGGCGCUGAGCCACGAAGCAGCGACGCUUCGUCACGCGGCUCGUCAUCUUCGUGCGGCCGCACUCCACGCGACUGCAUGUCGACGUAGACGUCGUUGUUCCGUAUGCGUUUACGCAAAACGUACCUUCGGAGACGUCGAAGAUUUCCGUGACGAUGGAAAACUCUUCAGGUGCCUUCAAGCCCCGCUGCAGGAUUUACGUACGUGGUUACGCCCUAGCGCAUCGACAGCGCUUCCUCCAUUGAGAACUAGCUCGCCGAUGGACCGGGGAAUCAGUUUUAUUGACGAUUCGAGCAGCAUUUCGGAAGAUGAGGCCUACCCGAGCACUCCGGUAGCGGAUGUUUCUCUUUCUUCGAAUAAUUCCAGCGCUCCAGCUACCGCUAGGGCAUUUUCAUCCGACUCUGGAUUUUCAUCAGAAACCGGAGAUCGUAGGUCGCGCUCUUACGAGGGUGGUAACAAUAGUCGAAAGAUCAGCGAAUCUUCUAGUAGCGAACCAGAUGCUACGAGGAACGGUGGGGGAUUCACUCGUUCCCGAUGGACAGCAUCUUUUCGAAAAUUACUUGGGCGCAAAUCCAAGGCUAAAGCAACUGCCGAACAGUCCUCCUAAGUGACCUUUACGUAAUAUUAUGUAUUCUAUUUAGGUGUGUCGGAGGCCUGUGCAAACUUUAACAAUGGCAUGUUGAGUUGUUAUUAUUCGUAUUCGCGGAAAAAAAUAUUAUCGGUGUUUACGAUGUGCAAGAUGUGCUCGUCAAUUUAGAAAUUUUACCACAGUUAUUGAUGAAUUAUUUGCACAGGUCUAAAUCUAGUAGGAGUCGGAGUGUUGAAUGCUAUUUAUUGUUAUAGGCAAGAUUCAGAUACGAUUCCAAUUCCAAAGGAAUUAGAGAAUGAUACAAUCAUUUGCCAAGAACUGUUUCGAACAAAUAACUUACAUUAAUUAGCCUAAUAAAUUUUGUAGCAAUAGCCGAUGAUAACGGUUAGAAUUGUGUUCGCGUACUUAAACUCAUUCACUCGUCUCAUGUUCAUCUUGCCAUGUGCAGUCGAAACAACUGUAAUUAUCGAUUGUUUCAUCCAUCACUCUCCUCCUAUUGACGCGUAGCCUUUGCCAAUGGAAUUAAUAGACUAUUCCAAUAUUAUUAAUUCAUAAGUUGCGCGCAGCCGUAGUUCCUAUACUUUGAUAAUUUAUCAACGAAAUGAAAUUAUUAGUGGAAUUUGCACAGGGAAUUUAUUAUACCAUGGCAUAUUUACUGUAGUUUCGCUACGAAGCUGUUUGAAUAUAUUUAUGAAUUUUUUUGUUUAUACUCCGACUAUAAUCAACAUGACCAAUCUAGGUGAUCGUAUUAGUUGUAUGUCAAGAUUCUUGAAACUUGGAAAAACCGUUGAUCAAAUCCAUUUUGAAAAUAGCUAUUGCUGUUAUUCGGCAAAAAUAAUUUUAUUUAUAAUUCCAUACGAGCUUUUGCGAAUGAGGAAAUUCACUUGAUUCAAAAAAUACUGUUAAUUUCGCUUGUGAAUUGAAUAAAGGAAUUCGAUUUAUAGAUGAUUUUUAUCUAUAAGAAAAUAAAGUGCACUUGAUUUUAUUUUAUUUCGUUUCAUUCCUGACAAGUCAAUUUUACUUGACAAAUCAUGUUUGUUCAUUAGAAGAUUUCACUAUAUGAGACUCAUUCAUAGCGCGUAACUUAUGAAGCAUUAUAUAGUUUUUAAGACAAAUGGUAUGAAAUUGUUACAUUAGUUAACGAAUUAGAAAUGUUUGUAGAUCACGAAGAACAAAAGAACAUAAUUCAUGACUGACCAAACGAUCAUUACCAAAUGAAACACAGAGAUUAAAAAUAAAGUAGAUCGAUAGAACUUUUCCUUCGGGGCAAUAGGUCAGGUUCAAUAUUCCUGGUGUAAUUCUUGCCAGUUAUUUAGUACUCCUAAAUAGAAUUGUUGAGCUGCGUAGUAAAGCGAAGAAUAAUAUUGCCGAUCGAAUAUGAUGUACAGGUAUAUGACUCGGAAACGUGAAGUGUAAUGCGGAUUUUUUAUCACUUUUGAUAUUUGCCGAAGUGUCCGUCAGCAUUACACGAUACCUGUAUUCGAUUAUGUACACCGUACAUACAGGAGAUUAGAAUUGUAGAUGCAGAAUAAAUACCGUCGUUGAAUUUUAGAUAUAGAACCAUAUACUCUCUUCCGUAGUUCUGAUUGGAUUAUUGUCGAAUCUUGGAACGAGAAUAUGCAGAAUCGAUAUCGCACAUAGUCAAUUUACAGCUGUGCUACAAUAGCCGUUAAAAAUCGUGCGAAUGCAAAAUAUGAAUUAUCAAUAAUCAUAAGUACAGUUUAAUUUGCCGUCAUCGUGUCAUAGGCAGGAUAAGAUAUUUUCGUAUUUUUUAUUAAACAUUCACAUAAGGAAGAUACAAAAAAAUUCCUUUCAUUUCGUUUAUACUAUUUGAAAGCAUCGACAUUCGAAUGAAAAUUUCAUUUAGUUUAAUUUACUAUAUGUCAUUAGCUAAGUUGAGCAGAGCAAAACGCCGCACUUUUGAUUUUUUUUCUGGCAGCUAUUAUUUUUUCGUUUACUUUCCGAUCAUCAUUUUCGGACACCUAUGCCUAUGCAUUUGGUUGAAUUUUCUCGAUAAACUUAGCUAAUUUCUGUAUACCUUUUUAUUUGUUUUAUAUUUUAUUAUCAAACCUCCGAUGUUGUGUAUUUCGAAAAAUUAUUCCGCUUUUGUAUUUGCGUUAAAUUAACGUGUGAUUGUAGCGGAGCGAGCCUCUUGCCUCCCUCUGCUUGAACGAGGGUGAUCCAGAGGAAAGACUUGAAUAUAUUAUGUUUUGUUAUGGGUAUAUGAAUAUAACUUCUACCGUUGAAAUGAGUUGUAAAAAAAAUAACGUUAUUAUAUUGUGAAUACGAAAUAUAACAAAUAUAAUAUCGAGGAUUAUACUUAAUGUUAUUGUUCCGAACGAUCGUAUUGUUAGACAUAUAAACUAUAUCAUUUUGUUGUACACGUCCCAAGCAAUCUCAACGAAAGAAACAUAAGACCCCUAUUGCAUUCCAUAGAAAUAUUGUAAAAGUAAAUAAAAGAAUCUCUAAAUAA